AUGCCUCAAAGAGAUGUUGUAACGUGCAGUGCCAUGAUUAGCAUAUGCUAUGCAGGAUUGGUAGAGAAGGGCUUGUCUACUUUCAAGAACUUGGUGCAAGAGCAUGGAGCUAAAAUUGGGCCAAAGCAUUAUUCUUAUCUUGUCGACUUGUUGGCUCGAGCUAGAAAGAUUGAUGUUGCAGUGGAUUUGGUUGAAAAAAUGUCUCAAGGAAGUAUGGCAAACCCAGGUGUUAAUGCUGGAUAUUUGUUGGCCUGUAACAUGUACGCAUAUGGUGGUUCUAGUCUAAUACUGCAAAUUAAGAUCUUUGAUGAACGAAAAUGGCGUCAAAGUGCCUGCAGGCAGCAUCUUCAUCCAUUUCAACAGCGGUAG